GUAGUUUUAUUGUGUGUCUUUAUGAAUAUAAAUGUACUACCAAUGUACAAACAUAUAUUGUAGCUGGUAUUUUUCCAAUCAAUACUAUAGAUACAUGUUGAAAGGACUGCCUGUAAUUUGCUAAUAAACCGAGUUCCUGGGAUUGAAGAAUGGAAUCAGAUGCAGAUAGAAAGAAGAAAUGGAAGCUGAAGAAAAUAAAUAAAUGCUGGUUCUUAGAUGUUGGCGGUAAACUUACACGGAUGAAUAUGCUGAACUUUGCUACUGAUGUUCACGUGGAGGACAACGUUAUUUUUGCCGAUGAUCUUGUGUUUCAGCUUACAGAGGAAAGUGACAAAGAAGUCACGGUGUCAGAGAUUAAUGAUAUAUCCCUAAAAGAUAACAUAUCUGAAUAUGAGGAAAAAGAGUCAGUAGUCAGAAAUGAAAAGGAAACUGACGAAGAAGUCACGGUGACAGGGAUUAAAGAUAUAUACCUAAAAGGUAAAAUCUCUAAAUCUGAGGAAAAAGAGUCAGUUGUCAGAAGUGAAAAGGAAAGUGACAAAGAAGUCAUGGUGAAAGAGAUAGAUGAUAUAGCUCUAAAUGAUAAAAUCUCUGAAUCUGAGGAAAAAGAGUCAGUUGUUAGAAGUGAAAAGGGAAGUGACAAAGAAGUCAUGGUGACAGAGAUAGAUGAUAUAUCUCUAAAUGAUAAAACCUCUGAAUCUGAGGAAAAAGAGUCAGUUGUCAGAAGUGAAAAGAAACGUGACAAAGAAGUCACGGUGACAGAGAUUAAAGAUAUAUCCCUAAAAGAUAACAGCUCUGAAUAUGAGGAAAAAGAGUCAGUUGUCAGAAGUGGAAAUGAAGAGUUCGUUGCAAGAAACAACUCCAGUGAAAAUGAAUCUGAAGAGUCACCAAAAACAGAGAGUGAUCGAAAUGAUAAUAUGGCACAAGACGCACCUCUUACAAAUAAAAAUAGAAGUCCAAGAGCGGAACUUACACUAGUAGAAGGUAUAUUAAAGCUUAACAUUAAACAAAGAUAUAAUAAUCAAAGAAACCAGAUUACACCGAAAUUACCUCGAAAAUACAAUAAUUCUGACAAACACAUUAAAUAUGGUGACAUCCCACCGAGUCUGGAAAACAUGAAAAACGUAAAAAUGUAG